GCUGCAUCUCGGGAAGCUCUCAAAAGAGGCAUGCAUUUCGUCACUGCCCUGCUCGUGCCGUCUGCCGCCUUCUCGUUGGUCAGCCGGCCCUUGUUCGCGGGGCCUUGGCAUAUACGUGAUAUCUCCAAGCUAACAUCCAUCUCUGCAAACUUACUCCGCAUCACUUCGCUUUAAUUUGCAAAUUGUGAAGAAGGAAUCGCGCGAUUCCGCAGAUUUGCAACCAUGUCUGGGGUACAAGCACAGCCGCCGGCUGAGGAGGGCAAGAGCGUGUUCAUGUCCAUCGCUCAGAGCGUUGGCAUCUUCCUCCUCAUCCAAGGUGGCAUGAAGUAUAUCCUGCCUCAGAUCACAAAGACUCCCACCGCCGACCCUGCGCAAGGCGCAUCUGUCGCUUCCACCACCCCCAAUGGAGCAAACGUAGUCAUCCCCGCCUGGGAGAAUCGCCCGCGCCAAUUCGAGCCCGAUGUCCAGAUCAGCCCGGUACCGUGGAAUAUUGCGCCUAUGUGGCCAGUAGGCACCGCGCUCGACAUCUCCAUGUACAUCUCGCCAUCCAUCGCCAUGCCCGCGCUGAAGAAGAUGCCCAAGGAGUCGCUGUUGAUCGAAGAGAAGAACUUUGUGUUUGGCGACUACAAGCAGAAGCGGGAGAUUCAAACCGAAUUUACCGUGCCAAAGGAAGUGCAGCGCAAUGCAACACUACUCGCGCAUUUCUACGUCGCUCAGAGCGGCAGCGUACUUGACCCCACCCAGCCAGGCUAUGACACCACAAAGGCGUACCACUUUAUCCGGCCACUGUCUGUAUACCAUGCCAAGAAGAAGAUUGCGAAGACAAGGAACCUGUUGAGCGACAUGCCGGAGAAGGAUGCCCAGGAGACCGAGGCGGAGAAGAACGCGCCCAAGGUCAUUGCUUCCUACUAUCAUCCCAACUUUACCAUUUCUCUGAUCCCAGACGCCGGUGUCAUAUCGUAUCCCAAUCUGCACCCUGGAACCAAGAAAUUUAUUCAGCUCGAGGCUAGCGGUGCUCGAGAUGCAUCUGGCCAGCAUGGCUGGUACUAUCCUAUCCUUUUCAGCAACACCUUCUGGCAGCUUAAGAAGCACAUGAUUGAGCUCAACGACACGGUCACGACUCUCCCGCUGAAUGUGAAUAUCAACAACCUCGCCCACUGGAAGUACAAUCUGUUUGCUUCAGUAGACGAGAACCUCAACGCCAACGCCAAAGCCGCCCAAUCAGGCCAGUCUACGCCAGGGGGUGGUGAUGGGUCCGAAAUGGAGAUGUUCAAGGAGAUCCUCAUCGACAGCAACUCAUACCUGCUUGCCAUCACCGCCAUCGUCUCCGUCUUCCACAUGGUCUUCGAGAUGCUGGCCUUUAAGAAUGACGUACAGCAUUGGCGCAAGAAGAAGGACAACGUGGGUACUUCGGUCCGCACCAUCCUUGCUAAUGUCUUUAUGCAAGCUGUAAUCUUCCUGUACCUCCUGGACAACAAUGAGAACACGUCGUGGAUGAUUCUGUUUGGUCAGGGCAUGGGUAUGGCUAUCGAAGCCUGGAAGAUCACCAAGUCGGUCAAUGUCCGUGUUCGCCCGACAGCACCGGGCUCCUGGUUGCCCUACACCAUCGUUUUCGAGGACAAGCAUGUGCUAUCUGAGACGGAGAAGAAGACUGAAGAGUACGAUCAAAUUGCGUUCAGGUACCUCUACAUGGUGGCGGUACCCCUGCUCAUUGCAUACGCCAUCUAUUCGCUCAUGUACGACACGCACAAGUCGUGGUACUCGUUCAUCAUCACCACGCUCGUCGGCUCCGUCUACGCCUACGGCUUCCUGAUGAUGGUGCCCUCGCUGUACAUCAACUACCGCCUGCAAUCCGUCGCCCAUUUGCCUGGCCGCGCCAUGACUUACAAGUUCCUCAAUACCUUUAUUGACGAUCUAUUUGCUUUUACGAUCAAGAUGCCUACGCUGCAUCGUCUUGCCACGCUGCGAGACGAUGUCAUUUUCUUCGUGUACAUAUUCCAAACGUGGAAGUACAAGGUUGACUAUAGCCGUAUCAACGAAUUCGGCCAGGGUGGUGACGACGAGGAGGUGGAGGAGAAGGAUGCAAACAGGCCGUUGGCGGCGUACCCCGAUGGCGACAAGAGUUUGAAGGUCCCAGAUGCUGAGAAGGUAGCCAAGGUCGAAAAGGAGAAGGCAGCACAAGCGACGGGGAGCCAAACCAAGGGCCAGGCAAAGCAGAGGAAGAGGUAGAACAAAGUAAAGUCAUGUACAAUACGAGAAGGGGAGGGGAGAAGGGGAAAGUGGGGCAGAAACAUAGUUGUAAGAAUGGUAUAUAGCAUGGUCGCGGUAUAGAUGCACAUUGCGAUCGACGCAUAAUUGUAAAUACUUCUACCACGUAUACAAACCAUGAUCUACAACCC